AUGUCAGAAAACCCCGCCAAGGGAACUAUCAACAUGUCUCGUGAGUCUGUUGAUUCACCAGAGACUCUCCUACAACCUGAGCGCCGUGGUCCUGAAAUCUGCCUCCCACUAGUAGAUGAAGAUGCCUUGGUGCUACCAGAUCCGAGAGAUGGUCGUCGUGCAGAAUUGAUCAAGGGAUCCCUUCACCACGGAGCUUGGACUAUGACAGAUGGAGAACUGAACAUCAUCAUCCACGGCUCUCCUCCUGAACAAAAACUCUCACUAGAACAGAUCUUAAAUUUUGGAAGCCGACAAACGCCCGAACUCCGGAGCAAAAUGGACGACCUCGAUGGGCCCGACGGUCCUGGAGAAUUCAAAGCUAUAUCGCAAUGCUACAAAGAACAGAGUCUUCGCAGAGAAGCAGCAAGAGCAACAAGGCAAUUGCAACGCUACCAUCUAGUCCAACGCCGCUACCAAGAACUCCUCCACGACGACUUGCAAAAAGACAAGCCUGCCAGGCCUUCCUACUCUCUAAAGCGAAAAUCAUUCGAGCAAAUCAUGAGAGAGACAAAUGGCCAGACUGAGUUUCCCCUGUAUCCCACCAACAUCUCUACAUCGCAAAAGAUUCAAAAUUUCGCCAUAAAAGCCCAAAGGAAACCCUACUUCGAUAUAGGGAUAUGGGGAUUUGCGAUCUUACGACUCAACUAUAGCGAUGAUGGAGCUUGGGAGACCUUCAAAGCUUCUGUUGAGGAAGCUGCUCAGAAGAGAUUACAAGGCAGUGAUGUACCUGAACACAUACGUUCCAUGUUCCGUUUUACCUAUCUCGAAGACUUUUCUGCGCUUUCCGGACCUGUCGAUCAAGCCAAGUUAGUCAAGUACUGGGAUCAGAACAAAUGGAAUGAAGAUGUGCGCAUGCAAAUAAACCGGCAAUUCUUCAUAUCAGCGAAUGACAUGAAGGCAAGAGAGGGUGAAAAUCCAAAUGAUCCGCCGAUAUAUUUGCAUGAUGCGAGUGUCGAGGGCGACGAGGAAGGGUUUCCUGGCUUUAUGAGGACGAGUGUGUAUGAUUUGUUCUUGUGGCAUAUUGCCGCGAUAGAGAAGAGUCAUCUGCACUUGAGAUCUGUUUGGGAGACUCUGAAUUCAAGGUAG